AUGACUCCAGGCCUUCAGCACCCACCCACCGUGGUACAGCGCCCCGGGAUGCCGUCUGGAGCCCGGAUGCCCCACCAGGGGGCGCCCAUGGGCCCCCCGGGCUCCCCAUACAUGGGCAGCCCCGCCGUGCGACCCGGCCUGGCCCCCGCGGGCAUGGAGCCCGCCCGCAAGCGAGCAGCGCCUCCGCCCGGCCAGAGCCAGGCCCAGAGCCAGGGCCAGCCGGUGCCCACCGCCCCCGCGCGGAGCCGCAGUGCCAAGAGGAGGAAGAUGGCUGACAAAAUCCUCCCUCAAAGGAUCCGGGAGCUGGUCCCUGAAUCCCAGGCUUACAUGGACCUCCUGGCGUUUGAGAGGAAACUGGAUCAAACCAUCAUGCGGAAGCGGGUGGACAUCCAGGAGGCUCUGAAGAGGCCGAUGAAGCAAAAGCGGAAGCUGCGUCUUUAUAUCUCCAACACGUUUAACCCUGCGAAGCCGGAUGCCGAGGACUCUGAUGGCAGCAUCGCCUCCUGGGAGCUGCGGGUGGAGGGGAAGCUCCUGGAUGACCCCAGCAAGCAGAAGCGAAAGUUCUCUUCCUUCUUCAAGAGCUUGGUCAUUGAGCUGGACAAAGACCUUUAUGGCCCCGACAACCACCUAGUUGAGUGGCACCGGACGCCCACCACCCAGGAGACGGACGGGUUCCAGGUGAAGAGGCCGGGGGACCUGAGUGUGCGCUGCACGCUGCUCCUCAUGCUGGACUACCAGCCUCCCCAGUUCAAACUGGAUCCCCGCCUGGCCCGGCUGCUGGGCUUGCACACGCAGAGUCGCUCAGCCAUCGUCCAGGCCUUGUGGCAGUACGUGAAGACCAACAGGCUGCAGGACUCCCACGACAAGGAGUACAUCAAUGGGGACAAGUAUUUCCAGCAGAUCUUUGAUUGUCCCCGGCUGAAGUUUUCUGAGAUUCCCCAACGCCUCACAGCUCUGCUGUUGCCCCCUGACCCAAUUGUCAUCAAUCACGUCAUCAGUGUGGACCCGUCGGACCAGAAGAAGACGGCGUGCUACGACAUUGAUGUGGAGGUGGAGGAGCCACUGAAGGGGCAGAUGAGCAGUUUCCUCCUGUCCACGGCCAACCAGCAGGAGAUCAGCGCUCUGGACAGUAAGAUCCACGAGACGAUUGAGUCCAUAAACCAGCUCAAGAUCCAGAGGGACUUCAUGCUAAGCUUCUCCAGAGACCCCAAAGGCUACAUCCAAGACCUGCUCUGCUCCCAGAGCCGGGACCUCAAGGUGAUGACAGAUGUGGCAGGCAACCCUGAGGAGGAGCGCCGGGCGGAAUUCUACCACCAGCCCUGGUCUCAGGAGGCUGUCAGCCGUUACUUCUACUGCAAGAUCCAGCAGCGCAGGCAGGAGCUGGAGCAGUCGCUGGUGGUGCGCAACACCUAG